AUGGCGGCGGUCUCCCGCCCGCGGGUCUUCCUCGACAUCUCCCACGGAACUGAACCCAUCGGCCGCCUUACCGUCGAGCUCUUCACGGACAAAGCGCCCAAAGCAUGUGAGAACUUCAGACAAUUAUGCACCGGACAGAGGAAGCAGGAAGGGUUAUCUUACGAAGGAGUGCCAUUCCAUCGGGUGAUUGAUGAGUUUAUGGUCCAAGGAGGGGACGUGGAAAAUGGUGAUGGAAUUGGAACGCGGAGUAUCUAUGGAGGGGAGUUCGAGGAUGAGGAGUUGCAAUGGAGGGAGAUGGAUGCGAGAGGGUUGGUAUGCUGUGCGAACCGUGGCAAGGGGACGAAUGGCAGUCAGUUCUUCGUUACGCUGGAGGCUUGUCCGCACCUCAACGGGAAGCAUACGAUCUUCGGUCGAUUGGUUUCGGGAGAAGAGACGUUGGAGCGGAUCGCGAAGGUGAAUGUGGACAAGGACGAUAGACCUGUCGAGCCGGUGCUGAUAUUGAGCUGCGGGGAAUUGGAGCGGAGGAAGAAGGUUACGAAGAAGCAUGAUUCGAUGCAGGAGAAUGUCGCGCCGGGCGAUGAUCGGGGGAGACGGAGGAAGAGUGAUCAAGAUCAGGGCGAUGAGGAUGAGAUGGAUAUCACACCACCUCAGAGGGAGCGAAGACGGAGGCAGAGCGAUAAUGUGGUCGACGAGGGCAUAAGAGGCAGACCCCGACUACGUUCGCAUUCUCGUUCGUCAUCCCAUCCGAUCGAAGAAGACGGAGAGGACAUUUCGGACCUCUCGCCCGCAAAGAUGCACAAGCGCAAGCGUAGCCCAAGUCCGAGCAGACACCUCGAUCGCCGGUCCGAGCAGGCCGGUGAGGAACGUAGGCGAAGAAGUCUCCCGAACCAGUAUGGAGACCGGAGACGAGAAUACCGCGACAACGACAGAUAUCGACCGAGCCCCAAGCGGGACGACUAUCGACAUCGUGGCAGAGGAGGAGGAGGAGAUGACCGACGAUAUCGUCCGUCACGAGACCGCCGCUAUGGUGAUGACGGCCGAUUGGGCGAUGAUGGGCGUCUGGGCGGCAGUGGCGGAGGGGACAUCGAUCCCCCCGUCAAAUUCAAAGGCCGAGGCGUGAUGAAAUACAGAGAGUCGGAUCGAGCUUGGUAA